UGCGUGUGCAUGCGUAGAAGCGGUAAUGGAGGACGGUGAUCUACUCACAGGGGGCUAAGUUAGCAAGCUGUCUGUCUGGUUUCUCCUCUGUUCCAAACUACUGUUAUUAUUGAGUACGAGGUAUUUACAACGCAACGGAAUAACGUCUGACUCAACCGGGAGGAGGUUGAGUUGCCACUGAGUUUUGGGAUGGCGUCAGAUGUGGUUUCCCAAAACCAUGGUUCCAAGGGGAUCAUGACUUUUUACCCCACUGCUGAGGAAUUCAAGGACUUCAGCCGGUACAUUGCAUACGUGGAGUCCCAGGGAGCACACAAAGCAGGCCUGGCUAAAAUUGUCCCACCAAAGGAAUGGAAGCCUAGAGGGUCCUAUGAUGAUAUAGAUGAUUUGGUAAUACCCGCACCCAUUCAGCAGGUGGUGACAGGCCAGUCGGGCCUUUUCACCCAGUACAACAUUCAGAGGAAGGCCAUGACCGUAAGAGAGUUCCGCAGGACUGCCAACAGUGAAAAGUUCUGUGGUCCACAUUAUGAUGACUUUGAGGACUUGGAAAGGAAGUACUGGAAGAAUGUGACAUAUAACCCUCCCAUAUAUGGGGCAGAUGUUAAUGGAACUCUAUAUGACCCUGAAGUCAAAGAGUGGAACAUAUGCCAUCUGGACACCAUUUUGGAUACCGUUGAACGUGAAAGCGGGAUCACUAUUGAGGGUGUUAACACACCCUAUUUGUAUUUUGGCAUGUGGAAGACUACCUUUGCAUGGCACACUGAGGACAUGGACCUCUACAGUAUCAACUACUUGCACUUUGGUGAACCAAAAUCAUGGUACUGUGUUCCUCCAGAGCAUGGGAAAAGAUUGGAGCGUUUGGCUAAAGGAUUUUUUCCUGGUAGCUCACAGAAUUGUGAGGCUUUUUUGAGGCACAAGAUGACUCUCAUCUCUCCCUCUAUCCUGAAGAAGUAUGGCAUUCCAUUUGAUAAGAUUACUCAGGAGGCUGGUGAGUUCAUGGUAACUUUCCCCUACGCCUAUCAUGCUGGUUUCAACCACGGUUUCAACUGUGCAGAAUCAACCAACUUUGCCACAGAGAGAUGGAUUGAGUAUGGCAAGCGAGCUGUUUUGUGCUCAUGCCGUAAAGACAUGGUGAAGAUUUCAAUGGAUGUAUUUGUGAAGAAAUUCCAGCCAGAUCGCUAUGAAUUGUGGCUCGCAGGGCGAGAUGUGGCACCCAUUGAUCACUCGCGGCCCACCCCAGAAGCUAAGGAGUUCCUGGGGGAGUCAGUUAAUAACAUCAACAGCAGCAGUACCUCCAUGGAGAGCUGUGGGGAGGACGGAGAGCGGAAGAGCACUACACAAAGGAUAGAGACCAAGAGACACAGAGUGUGUCUGGAGGUGCCCCAGGAGGUUGUUCCCAAGGAUGAAGAUGAGGAAGAUAUGGAGCAAUAUGGAAAGCGUCCCAGACUAAACCUUAUACCUCCACGAACUCUGUCACAAGAUGGUAAAAGAAAUAAAGGCCCACCAAAAUUGGUUGUCACACCAACCAAGCUUACGUUAUUGGAUCCAUUUCACAGGAGCUUGACCCAAAAUAACAGUGAUGUCAGCCGCCCUCCUCAUUAUACAAAAACUCGUGCACCUGCGAUCUCGUCUCAGUCUCAGCCCAGAAACGGACACCUAUCCAUCUCGGCAGCACCAACAUGGACAGAAGCCACCGCUCAGCCUGCCCGCAAAAUGGGGGUAGCCAGCCUGCUCUUCCACAGGACUCUGAGUCCAAAAGACACUCUUCAAGUGCAUAGCUACACUCUGGAAAAGCAGCAGCAGCCUCACACACAGCUGCAAGUGCACAGCUAUGCCAGAGAGCAUCAACCCCGUCAUCUCCAACACAAAAUCUGUACGCCAUCACACAUGCAAGUUCAGUCCUCAACUCAGACACCAAGCUGUGAAAGAACGGAGCCACAGCCAGAAUCCAAGAUGGUACUUACCAAUUUAGCACUGAAUGAAUCAGAAGCACAGAGUCUUCUGGAGCAGGAGCCAAAGGAGGAGAAGCCUGAAAUAACAGUGCCCGUUGAGGCUCAUGCUGAAGUGGAGAAGCCUGAAGUUGAGCCCACCAGCAAGUCGGCUUUCUCUCCGACUCAAACACAACCCAGCGAGUCGAGCACAAUGGAGAUGGAGGCACCCAAAAACAACAAGCGAAAGAGUUACCAAUGCCCCCUUGCGGAUAGUGGCAUUAUCAUCCUGAAAGACACCAUUCCUGUCAGGAAACCAAUGCCUGAUGAGAUGAAGGUGAUCGCUCAGAAUCAUCAUCAGGUGGCAGAAGAGCAGUCAUACUGCAAGUCAGUUGUGAAGAAGCAACAGCAGCAGGCACAGCUCCCUAAGCUGCCCCGUCAUCACCCUCUCAUCAGAGAGGUGCACAGUGACGAUGAAGUGUACGUAGAUGUGGAGGUUGAGCAAGAGGAGAAAGAGGAAUGGGCAAAGCCUCUAACCCAGCUGUGGCAGUGUCGGCCAUAUAACCUUCAGGCAGAAAAAGAGUACAACAAGAGCAUGGGCCAGCGGGCCCCCUACUGCUCCAUCUGCAUGCUCUUCCACACCUACCACCAGUCGGAGUCCAGUAGUGGGAAUUCCUGCAUGACGUUGGUGAACCGUCCAGGGGGCCGCCAGUGGUCCAAACCGCUCAUCCCGGAAAUGUGUUUCAACACCCAAACCAGCAAGACAAAUGAUAGCGGGGAGGGACUGCUGUCUAACCCCCAUCUAGCAGAGGACGGGACCAGCCGGCUGGUCAGCUGUGCCCAGUGCUGCGUCCGCGUACAUACCAGUUGCUACGGUGUGUCUGGGGAUGACGCAGAGCUUGACGACUGGCUGUGUGCCCGCUGUGAGGCAGAUGCCAUCACUGAGGACUGCUGUCUGUGUUCCUUAAGAGGCGGAGCACUGCAGAGAGCCAACAAUGACAAGUGGGUUCAUGUGCUGUGUGCCAUCACUGUGCUGGAAGCUCGCUUUGUCAACAUCACUGAGCGGUGCCCCGUUGACCUCUCUGCAAUCCCGCUGCCACGGUUCAAACUGAAGUGUGCACACUGCAGGAAACGGAUGAAGAGGGAGGUGAAGGGCUGCUGUGUCCAGUGCUCCCAUGGGCGCUGCUCCACAGCGUUUCACCCCACCUGCGCGCAAGCAGCUGGUAUCCUUAUGCACCCAGAUGACUGGCCGUUCAUAGUCUUCAUCACCUGCCACAGACACAGAGCGCCCCUUAUACCUGAGCGCAACAAGACCUCCAUGCGAGAGCUGGCAGUGGGACAAAGGGUGAUCUGUAAACACAAAAACAGCCGUUACUACCACAGCGAGGUGGUGGAACUGACUACAGCCACUUUCUACGAGGUUGUGUUCGACGACGGGUCAUACAGCGACAACCUCUUCCCAGAGGACAUUGAGAACCGUGACUGUGUCCGGCUCGGUCCACCCGCAGCAGGUGAUGCUGUUCAAGUACGAUGGACAGAUGGGUUGAUCUAUGGAGCCAAGUUUGUAACUUCGCACUCCAUCCCCAUGUACCUGGUGGAGUUUGAAGAUGGAUCACAAAUCUCUGUCAAGCGAGAAGAUAUCUACACUCUAGACGAGGAUCUGCCUAAACGAGUCAAGUCACGAAUGUCGGUGGCGUCCGAUAUGCGCUUCGAGCUCUUCACACAGAACGACGUCAAACAGAACUCCAAAAGGCAACGAGUCAUUAACUCUCGAUACAGAGAGGACUACAUUGAGCCUGUCAUCUACCGAGCCAUCAUGGAGUGAUGUCCGGUUCCAACUAUCUCUCCUCCUCAUUCACCACCUUAUCAUCACCACGGAGAGAUGCAGCUCCAGGUCUUCGUUUCUCGGUCUGGCUUUUCUGUUUCUGGCUACUGCUGAUAGGAACUUCCUCCUCCUCCUCCUCCUCCUCCCACCACCUGUCAGGCUACAUAUUUAUAAACUACGGCUGGGACUUUAAAUUACUUUUGUGUGCAUUGAAUAUUAUUCUUAGACCUCUGUUUUCCUUCACACUCUGGAUAAGGUUCUUCAUCCUUUUCAUUUUAUACUAUUUUUUAUUUUAUUUUAUUUUUCUCAGGAAGAAGCCAUCAAUGAAUUAUUAAAUAUGGAAAAGGUUGGACUAUCUAACUGGGACAAUAUGUUUGUUUGUUUUCUACCACCACAUUUAGCAGCUGUCAAGUAAAAUUAACUUUACACAUUAUACAACGGACAGUUUUUCUACUUUAGUAAUAUUUCUUGUAUAAAUGAGCUUUUCUCUCUUGACUUACAGUUAUUUUCAUAAUAAUUUAUCAUAAUAAUAUUUUGCAUUGAAGGAAAUCAUGCUUGGGAAUGAGGUUUUUAAAGAAAACAUUAUCUUCAGUCAGUUCUUUCACUCAUGAAGUUAAACAGAGGCCGAACUGUAAACUUUGAGCCAAUCAGAUGUUUACUACGAGAACAAUUUGACUCCUCAGUUUGGUUAAUGGAGAACUGUGUUAAGUUGUUACCCCAAAGAAAUGAAAUAAUGUGUCACAGUCAUAUUUCGACACAUUUUCAGAUUGAACUUGUCACUCAUUGCAUUGCAUCACAUGGUUCAUGAGUAUCUCUGCUCAUCGUUGUGUCAACGUGCAUCUACUGUGAAGAUAAAAGAAAACUAGACAUGUUUUAGGGGCCCAAGCCUUACAUUUCAAAGGGCCAAGCAUACUUUGGUUUUCCUAAAGCUUAAGGUUUAUUAUAACUAUUGUAAUUAAUGUUAUUACACUUUAUUUAUGCGAGUGCAUUGAGUUUGAGAACAAAGCUAUUUUUGUCAUGUCCUUUUCACAAUCUGUAGAAAACCUCAGAUGUAUUUAUAUUUAUUAUAUUGAUAGGUUUUCAGACAUCCUGUUUCAAGUUCAAGGCUUUCCUGUAUUGGGGUUGGAAGGUAUGAAUGCCAAUCUGGCAAGCCCCUCUCUAAGCAAAAAGCACUUACCGUUACCUCCUGCCACGGGACAUUUACUGUUUUGUAGACACUAGGCUUCCACUGAGUUUAGAUUUUUUAUGUUUCUGAUAAAAGCUAGCUCUAGAAAUGAACAUUGUAACCAGGUUAUAGUUUGAUCCCAAAUAAACAAAAAAGUGGUUUGAGGACAAUUUUUACACGCAAAUUUUCUUUCAUGUUGAGGGUUCUUUGUAUCUGCUUUUAAAACGUUUUGUGUAGAGAGUUACGAAAGGAGGAUGUGGUGCAGACUCCUUUUUAGCUAUGCCCAUUUCAUGGCUUGUGUUGUCUUUUUGGUUUUCAUGUCCAAGGCAACAUUAAAUCUGUACAUUCUUUGUAAACAUCAGCUGUUUCAGUAAAGUUUGGAGUAAAACAAAAUAACCUUGUUCAACUUACUUCCUACCACAACCUUCAAUGAAAUGUCUCUGGGGAAUUUUUGUACUACCUCAGAUUUAAUUCAAAGAAAUGCCCUGGGAGUACAAUUUCAGUUCUCUCGACGUAAAACCCCGUGUAAGUGUAGUGUAGACUGGUUGGAUGGUUGGCUGGUAGUGCGUAAUGAAUACCAACAUCCUGUCAUGUUGCCCUCACUGUUACUUCCUCCAAACCACCAUUCAAAGAAAACCCUCUGUGACCCCUGACCCCGCCCGGCUUUGGUUUCAAGCUUUUGUUGGUUGGCAUGUCCUGGUUUUGUAAUUGUUGUGCCACAAUGGUGGUAUCAUGGUAUUUGCUGCAGUGAUAUGCUACCUCUUAGUCCUUGGUUUAGUUUGGAUUAAAAUGAACAUAUUAUUAA